AUGGUCGGUCCACCCGUCAGCACCUGCGAUCGCCUUCGUCACCAGCACGUCCCGCUGAUCUCGCCUCCGGACGAGGACAUAGUCCAGCAAGUGCCACUGACGCGACCGAGGAUGCCUCCAGGUGGCCUUCUCUCGCUCCGGCAGACAGAAGAACGUGUUCAUCAGGGUGAGGCAGUGUUCUGCGCAGGAGCGGAGAAGCAGCAGAGCGUUGUCGUUGGAGCCGCCGAAACCGUGGGGACCCAGCACUCCUCUCCAGGCAGUAUGGUCUGUGCCGACGCGGGCGUUGAAGUCGUCAAGGAUAAUCAACUUGUCCGCCUUCGACACAGUCGCCAAGAGGGCAUGCAGGUCCUCGUAGAACUUGUCUCAUGCGGCGGCGGCGUCGGGGCUGCUCAUCGGCGGAGCGUAGGCGCUGAUGAUGGUGGCGAAUUCGCCCCCACCCCGGAGAGGCAGACGGAGGCUCAUCAUGCGAUCGUUGAUGCCCUGCGGCAAACAGGGCAGUCGUCCCACGAUGUCGUUCCGAAUGGCGAAGGCGACGCCCGCGUCUCGUCGCUCUGUCUUGGGUCGACAAUUCCAGAAGAAGGUGUAGCCGGCACCCACCUCCUCCAGUUGGCCUUGUUCGGAGAAUCGGGUCUCGCUGAGUGCGGCGAUGUCCACCUUGUAGCGCGCCAGUUCUCGUGCCACUAG